AUAUUUGAGAAGCAUAUUGUUCUAGACAAGGAACUUCACCAACCCGAGAGAAGAAACAGAAUAUUCAAGCAAAUACCUUCCGUGGUACUCAUCCACAAUGCAUUCCACCAUCCUCCUCACCAUCGCCUUCGCCCUCUGCGGCACCGUCCUCGCCUCCCCAGCACCAACACGCGUCGGCAUCCCGGCGGCCUCCGCCGUUGAAGUACAUGCCCCUGAGGGCACCCCCGACUGUACCGCUCUUGAAGAGUACUGCAAGUGCAAGACGGAGGAUUUUAACUGCCAGACUGACCCAUCUUGCGAGUGGUGCCGUGACCAUAACGCUUGGCCCUCUACUACCACCAAUGUGGCGGCUGCGCCUACUGCUUAGGUACCUAUCUACACCAACGGGUAGUCAGAUGUGAGGGCGAUGAAUCUUGGCAGAGAAGUUUCCUUUUGUGAUGUACACUUAUUUUGGAAUCUAAAAAUGAAAACAAAAUGAUGUCUUGUUUUCUUGUUACAUCGCCGGGUGGUGGGGGCAUACUGUGAAUGAGGAUGAGGAUAGGGAUGAUCAGGCGAUCGCUAUCGUCGCAUCCACCACCAAACAACACGAAAAUCGGGA